AUAUUUUAUGUCUGAAUAAUUUAAUCGUAAUUUUAUAAUCUAAAUCGUUCUUUAGUGUGCUUGGAGACACAGUGACUACAACAUUUUUGUGAUUGACAGAAAACAAUUUGAAAAUUACCAAAUCAGAACAAUGAAUUUCUGUUGUGCUAUUUUGAGCCUCGUCUUUCUGCAAGAAAUAACUUCAGGUGCAUCCAAAGACACAAUAAAAUGCUAUGUAUGUGACUCAGAAGUAUCAGCUGACUGUGCACUGAGUGAUACAAGUAAGCUGAAACAAUUCGAGAGAGAAUGCAAUGCAACAACCGAUUUGCACACUGUACUAAACGCGGUCUCUAAAGAUAUCAUGAAUUCAAUGAAAACACUUGUUGAUGGUAUGGAACAACAAUUUUCCCAGACCGGGAAAAGAGGAAAACGAGACUCUAAUCCUUUUUCAAUGGGCCUACCAAACAAGAAAUUGGACGUACUUUGCUCCAAGUUUGUACACACAGAUGGUUCCACCAAGAAGAAAAUUGUGAAAAGAUUAUGUUUUGCAGAGGUUGAAAAGGACAAAUGUAAGGACGGUUGUCACCAAUGUAAAAAAGAUCUAUGCAACAGCUCUCCUUCUGUAACUUCCCCUCCUUUGGUUCUCAUUGGCACUAUUUGCGUUCUACUUUUCAAGUUACAACAGUUAUAUUAAUAUAUAGCCUACUAUAUACUAUAUUAAAUACAAUAUAUAAAAACUAUAAAUAAUACAAUACCUAUACUGUAAUACCUAUUCAAUAUAAAUACCUAUACUACCGGUACCGUACUUGCAUUACUUUGAUUAUAUCUAUAUCUAUAUACUACCGGUAGUUGCAGUAUAUUUAUCUAUUUAUUUAUUUUCAUACAAAAAAUAUGUGGAGGCAAACAGGUAAAACCCAAAACUUGAUUCCUUAACACAAGUUACAUAAUACAAAAUGUUAUAAAGAUAUAUAAACUUAGAAUAAAGACUUAUACAUUAAAAAAAUCAAAAUCAUACUGAUAAACAAAUUAUUAUAAACAUAUACAGUAUAAAUCUUUAAAUAGAAAAAAGCA